AUGGAGGUCCCAAUUGACAAGCGAGGCGACCCAUGGUUCGACGAUGGCAACAUCGUGCUCUUGACCGACCCGGACGGCGUCGCAUUCAAGGUUCACCGGGGCGUUCUCUCUCGUCACUCUGAAAUCUUCCAGUCCAUGUUCCAAAUGCCCCAGCCGGCUGACCUGGCUGCAAUGGAGACCCUCGAUGGCUGCCAGGUUGUCAGGAUGUACGACCCCCCGCUCGAACUCUCUAAUCUCAUCAAGGCGCUCUAUGACGGGGUCACCUUCCAGCAUCGCAAUGCAGACGACUUUUUCCACCUGGCGGGCAUUUUGCGCUUGUCCACCAAGUACUUCAUUGCCCACCUACGUCUCCAGGCUAUCAAGCAGCUUACUUCUAUAUGGUCCCACACACUUCGCGGUCAUGACGAGAUGCUCGACAAAACCCUGUCAUUGCCCUCUAUUCCCAUCACCUACCCCUACAUCCACCCACUCCACGUCAUCAACCUCGCUCGAGAAACCAACGUGCUCAUCGUUCUCCCCUCCGCAUUCUACCUCCUCUCCCUCCACGAGCUCCACGACAUCCUCGCCGGCGCACAUCCCAAACUCCACCUCGCCCACCCGUCGAAGCCUUCCUCGGAGCUCAGCCUCCCCGACACCCGCCCCUACACGCUCAUGUUCCAGCACCGCUUGAGCACGAUCAGCGAGUUCGUGCACGCGUUCUGCGCGCAGCGCGGCGCGGCGCCCGCGUGCGAGUACGGCGCGGAGCCGUGCGUGCGCGGGUUCCGCAAGCUCGUCGGCAAGCUGAGCCAGUCGUGGCGGGUCCGCAGCGGCCCCAUGCAUUUCAUCGUCCAAGCGGUCUUGGAGCUCAAGGAGAAUAACACGGUAUGUAGGCCGUGCAGGAAGCUGUUCAAGGCGGAGGCGAUGGCGUUCAGGCAGCGGACAUGGGAUGGCCUGCCUGGUGUUAUUGGCUUGCCGAGCUGGGAAGAGCUUGUUGCGCGGGAUCUGGAGUCGAACUGACCGGGCUUCUGUUUCUGGAUUCUCUAGCAUGUGGUAUACCAGUGGG